AUGACCGCCUCACCGCCAGCGUCGCCGACGGGGCCUGCCCCGCGGCCCAUCAGUGCGAUGAUGCGCACAUCGCGCAGCAACAGUCGCAUGAGCAUGAGCAGCAGACACGGUGGAAGUCGCGCAUCGGACGAGGAUGGCAAGACUGCGGUCAAAGUCGCUGUCCGAGUGCGACCGCCUCUAAAGUCUACCGACCCCGGGUACGAGUUGAUUCCCCAGCGGUUUCAGCGUUCCAUGGUCCACGUCACGUCCCCAACCAGCGUGGCUGUAGAUGUCCCGCAGGGCCGCAAGUUGUUUGUGUUCGAUCGAGUCUUCCCCGAGACGGUGGAACAAGAUGGCAUUUGGGAUUAUUUGAACGAUAGCGUCAAUUCGUUCGUCCAGGGCUACAAUGUUUCCAUCUUGGCCUAUGGUCAGUCCGGCGCUGGAAAGUCAUAUACGAUGGGCACUUCGGGCCCGAAUGAGCAGAAUAACUCUGGGGCAAUGGGUAUUAUUCCCCGCGCUGCCCAGGCUUUGUUUGAAAAUCUCGAUGGACCGAAACACGCCCGCAAUGGCUCCGCCUCGACCGGUCUCCGAACCCCGCAACGAUACUCCAUGAGCUCCGCCUCGAGCUUUGGAAAAGCGAAUGUGGAAAAGAACUGGCAGUUGAAGGCAACCUACGUUGAGAUCUAUAAUGAACAACUUCGGGACUUGCUUCUUCCUGACUCGGUUUCCUCCACUGAUCGCAGCACUGUCACCAUUCGCGAGGACGCCAAGGGACGCAUUCUUCUGACCGGCCUGCACCAGGUCAGCAUCAACUCCUUCGAUGACCUCAUUGGAGCUCUGAACUUUGGCUCGACCAUUCGCCAAACCGACUCAACCGCCAUCAACGCCAAAUCGUCUCGUUCGCACGCCGUGUUCAGCUUGAACCUCAUCCAGCGCAAGACUUCAACACAACCCAUGUCCCCCAAGGAAAAGCGCAUGUCAAUGCCCGUGGAUUCGUACUCUAAUGGCGAGUCUGUUACCGUGGAUAGCAAGCUCCACUUCGUUGACCUGGCAGGUAGCGAACGCCUGAAGAACACAGGUGCUUCCGGCGAACGUGCCAAGGAAGGUAUUUCGAUCAAUGCUGGCCUUGCCGCCCUCGGCAAGGUUAUUUCACAGCUCUCCUCUCGCCAGUCCGGGUCCCAUGUUUCAUACCGUGACUCAAAGCUCACCCGUCUCCUGCAAGAUUCUUUGGGUGGCAAUGCGAUCACCUACAUGAUUGCUUGUGUCACUCCCGCUGAAUUCCAUCUGAGCGAGACCCUUAACACCAUCCAGUACGCACAGCGAGCUCGGGCCAUUCAAAGCAAGCCCCGCAUUCAGCAGGUCGCCGACGAUGGCGACAAACAGGCAUUGAUCGAGCGCCUGAAGGCCGAGGUCAACUUCCUCCGACAGCAGAUUCGCAACACGGAAGGCUCUGACCGUCGAGAGGCAGUCUCUGCGGAACGCAGCGAACGCAAGAAUGAGCGAGAGAUCCAGCUUCAGAAUCAGCUCCUCGAUGCCCAGGAGAGCUAUAACGCACUUAGUCAGCGCCACACCAAGCUGAUUUCACGUCUGGCUAAUGAAUCAGAGACUACCAACAGAGGGACCGACGAGACCCCGGAUGACCUGGGUAAGAGUUCAAUUGAGAGAAUCCAACGCUCCAAAUCCUUUGCGGAGUCCGUGGAGCAAGUUGUUCUCGAGUAUGAAAAGACUAUUCAAAGCUUGGAAUCAUCUCUGUCCGAUACCCGUUCUUCCCUGGCCAAUACGGAAAGCACCCUCUUAGAGCGUGAGACUAAGUGUACAUAUGUUGAGACGGUGAACGCGCAACUGCAAUCCCGUGUGCAGAAGCUCUUGGACCGUGAAGCCAGCACAGAAACCUACCUCCACGAGUUGGAAUCCAAGGUGGAUGGUGCCUCCACUGGAGAAGAAAAGCAUGCUACCAUUGUGGCAGAGCUGCGCAAGGAGCUAAGCCGUGCUCGCGAAAAUGAAGCAGGUUGCGAAGAAUAUAUCUCCACACUGGAAGACCGACUCGCCGAGUCUGAUCAGGACAUGGAGCUGAUGCAGCGCGAGGUGAUCCGAUUGGAGCAUGUCAUCCAGCGCCAGCGUGGUCUCGGAACUCUCGACAACCUACUCCAUGAUCUUGAUACUCGCCACCAACAGCACCAGCAGAAUGGCGAGGAGUAUGCUGGCACCAACGGCAUCGACUCGUUUUAUACGCCUCCCCCGGUCAAGAUCUCCCACCACAAGCACACCCCGUCCCUGGACGUCCUUAAUGAGGCUGCGGAGACCGCUAUUCCCGAGUCUGAUGAGGAUUUCUCUGAUCCCAUCCCCGAAGAGGAAGAAGAGGAGACCGUCCAAGAUGCCGAAAAGUCGGCCGAGGAGCCAGGAGAGGACCUGAAGGUGCUGGAGAAUGUUACGAGCAAACUCCAGGCCCGACGUACGGAGGCUGCUCGUGAAGAGCCGAUUUCCAGCCCUGCCCAGUCCAUGUUUGUCGUCGACAAGCUUGAGACUGUUACCCAAGAACUUUUCGAACUUCGUCUCAGCCACGAGAACACUUUGGGUGAUUACGAGUCGCUCGAGGCUAAAUAUGAAGAAGCCCUGAAGGCUCUCGCUGAGCUCCGCCAGGACAAGAUGGACGAAGCCCGUCACCCAGCCCCCGCUGUCCAGAACGAAGUCUCCCGGCCUUCUGGGGCACAACACUCAUUCUCGCAAUCACUCUCCUCGGAAUUGUCCUCGGCCGGGGAGUCGCCUGCUUUGCGCGGGCUUUCUGAAGCCACCAAGCAUGACAGCAUCGAGACGCCUGCGACUCCUAUCGCCUCUUCUGUCAUCGCCUCCGCCGACACUGAGGAGGUUGAGAAGAUGCGCAAGAUGCUUGCUGAGCACCAGGUUGAUGCCGAUCGCAUGACCGAGAAGUACGCUGAACUCCAGACUGAGCACGAGGAGAUUUUGACUCUUGUCGAGAAGCUGAAGGCCGAAGCCGAGGCUCAACGCAAUAAGUCUAGCCCUCCUUCCACCCCUGGCUUCAAAAUGAUCCGACGUAUGACCAGCCAAAACCUUCUGUCGGGUGUCGAUCGUGCUCACCGGUCCCUCACCGCGCUGCGCAUUAUUGCCAAUGAGGAGCUUGCCAGCAAGCCCGAUGUCCUUCACAACUUUGAAAACAACCUGGAUGCCACAAUGCAUGAGCUGUCUUCACGGAUGGAGCGUCUCCAGUCCCUGGAGGCCGAGAAUCACAACGUGAAGAAGGAGAUGGAAAUGAAGGCCACCAUUAUCUCUGGUCUCACCCGAGAGCGAUCCAGUUUGUCAGGUGCUUCAUCCGUUGACAUGGGCCUUGUUUCUCAACUCCGUGAUCAGGUUGUGCACCAAGAGAACCAAAUCAAUGAGCUCCGGGAGGCCCACGAAACCCGGGAGAAGCAGCUGUUGACCGAAAUUGAGAAGCUCAAUGCUCUCUUGCAGAGCCAAGAGGUCGCGGCUAAGGCCUUGGAUGCCGGCGCCGAGGAGCAGGAUAGGAAAAUUGAUGUCCUAGAAGGCGAACUGACCGAGUGGAAGGGCAAGCACCAGACUGCUCUAGAGUCUCUGCAGACCUCGGAGAAGCAGCUCGCUACUACCUUGGCCGAACUCGAGACUUCCCUGGCCUCUGUCGAGGCGAUGCGCUCGGAGCGCUCUGCAGCGAACGAUGCCUCUGCGGACAAGGAGGCUGCCGCACAGGCUCUCGAGACUGAGCGCGCAAAGCAGCAGGAGCUCGUGAAGUGCCUCAAGAAGGAUAUUGAGGAGCACAAGACUACGAUUUCCACCCACGUUGAGAGGAUCGCUGGUUUGGAGAAGUCCCACUCGGAUCUCCAGGAGCAAUUGCUCGCACAGUCCUCUGCCACCGAAGUGAGCAACGGCCCAGUCGAUAUGGCCCGCAUUGCCAAUUUGGAGCAGGAGAUUGCCACCCACAGGUCCGCCCUCGAUUCGCACAAGGCAGACCUGAACUCUCUGCAAGAAUCUCACAAGCGUGAACUUGCUGAGCUCGAGGAACGUACCAAGGCUGCGGUUCAAGCUGAGCACGAGGCUCGCCUCUCUGAGAAAGAUGCUGAGCACGACAAGGCCAUGGCAGCCUUGCAGAAGGACAUUGCUGAUUCCCGUGAUGAGUUGUUGAAUCUGCUCCAGGCUGUCUCAUCCCUGCUCAAUUCCGAUGUCACCACCGCGACACUCGCGGACCAGAUCCAAGACAUCUUGGCCCAGAAGCAGCACUUCUCGGAGAAGUACGCUGAGCUCAUGGAUACCAACGAGGAACUGCGCAAGCAGCUCAAUGCUAGCGGUGAUAUGGAAGAAUUGAACAAAAAGAAUGCCACCCAGGAGGCCAAGGUGAACGAGCUGGCUCUCUUGGUUGCCACCCUGGAGGACACUCUUCGCCAGAAGGAUGAGCAGGUUAAGAAGAAGGAGGCUCUUGUUGAGGAGAUCACUAUCGAGAGGGAGAAGAGCGUGCGCCUGGUGGAGGAGCUCGAGGAGCAGAUUACCAGCAGCUUCGACCAGCACCACAACCGUUUGUCUGUCAUCCAGCAGGAGCGCGACCAGGCCUUAGAGGAUGCCAAGGCCAAGAUUGUUCUUCUUGAGAAUGACAUUGAGACAUACCAUGUGCGCAUCGAGCAGCUCGAGCUUCAAGUCAAGAACGGAACCUCCGAUGGUUCCCACGACCGCAGCAGCUCGCUGACAUCCAACCUCCGCAAGAGCUCAUCUGCAGCGUCCCUGCCUUCGCCUCCCCCGGCGAUUCCCCUUCCCCCUCUUCCAACCAUUGCCUCUACCGCCAACGGUACCGGCAGUGUCUCCCCGCCCAGCUCCCGUCAUGCGAGCAGGGAGCUGGUCAGCGCCCAACUCGUCGAGGACCAGGAAAGCCGGAUCCGUACCAUCGAGAAGCACUUGUACGCCGAGAAGCAAUUGACUGCCACCCUGGAGGAGGCCCUUGGGGAUCUCGAAGCUCAAAGCAAUAAGGUCAAGAAUGACUGCGAGAGCUGGAAGAAGAAGGCGUGGGGGCUCGAAGAUGAGCUGUCUACUCUUCGCAAGGAGCGCAACUCCGCCCGCCUGUCGCUCCAGGCUGUCGAGGAGGAGCGCAGCGCCCGUAAGGAAGCCGAGGCCGCUCGGGCGCAGCUGGAAGAGCGCAUGAACGCUCUCAACAAGAAAAAGAAGAAGAGCACGCUUAACUGCUUCUAA